ACACACGCGCACCUAGACACACGCGCACCUAGACACACCUAGACACACGCGCACGCACACCUAGACACACGCGCACGCACACCUAGACACGCGCACACCUAGACACACCUAGACACACGCGCACGCACACCUAGACACACGCGCACGCACACCUAGACACACACACAUCUAGACACCUAGACACACACAUCUGUCAUCAAAUCAAAUUUAUUUAUAUAGCCCUUCUUACAUCAGCUGAUAUCUCAAAGUGCUGUACAGAAACCCAGCCUAAAACCCCAAACAGCAAGCAAUGCAGGUGUAGAAGCACGGUGGCUAGGAAAAACUCCCUCGAAAGGCCAAAACCUAGGAAGAAACCUCGAGAGGAACCAGGCUUUGAGGGGUGGCCAGUCCUCUUCUGGCUGUGCCGGGUGGAGAUUAUAACAGAACAUGGCCAAGAUGUUCAAAUGUUCAUAAAUGACCAGCAGGGUCAAAUAAUAAUAAUAAUAAUAAUAAUAAUAAUAAUCAGUCAUACACCUCGACACACACAUCUGUCAUACACCUCGACACACACAUCUGUCAUACACCUCGACACACACAUCUGUCAUACACCUCGACACACACAUCUGUCAUACACCUCGACACACACAUCUGUCAUACACCUAGACACACACAUCUGUCAUACACCUAGACACACACAUCUGUCAUACACCUCGACACACACAUCUGUCAUACACCUCGACACACACAUCUGUCAUACACCUAGACUGCGUUUAGAGGGUUGGGUCAGUAACCGAAAGGUCUCUAGUUUAAAUCCCCAAGCCGACAAGUUGGUGGGGUGUCUGUCGACGGCACUUAACCCCAAUUGCUUUCAGUCGCUGUUCAUAAUGGCUGACCCUAGCCGUGACCCCACUCUCCGAGGGUGUCUCAGGGAGAGUUGGGAUAUGCAAAAAACACAUUUCCAAUUCACACACGUGAAACACUGGUACGUGUGACAGGACUGAUAUAAAGAGACACCAAAUUAGGAUUAUUAGCUGAAGACACUCUGCACAUAUACAUACCUUUGCUGUCUAAUGAAAACCUUGUAACUCCAUUUUAUCCCAAAACAUUUGUAUUGAAUGAACUCCCCUCCAAUAUCGACUGAAUAUUUCCUGACUCUACGACUGAGAACAUAUGUUUAUAAUGGCUCCUGAAGUUUGGUAAUUAUAUGUUUGUUAAAAAAAAAAAAACAUUUCCUGAAGUGUCUUGUUUUGGAGAUGGGAAUACAGGGUUCUCAUCAGAAAGCUAUGAUACACGUGUGUGUGUGUGUGUGUGUGUGUGUGUGUGUGUGUUUGUGUGUGUGUGUACACAUCUGAGAGUCACAAACACCCACAGCUGGAGUGUAAUACACUUAACCAAACACACUUCUCAUACACCUGACCAAACACGCGUGCACACACACGCAGGCCCAGCUCAUACAUUGUCACACAGCCAUACAUAUACAGGUAUCAUACACAGUGGAUACAGCACACUAGGUUGGGAGUCAUAGGGGAAACCAAUAUCUCUUACUGCAUGUGUUUAUGGAUGUGGGUACGUAAACCCGCAAGGCACUGUGGCCCCUCAUGAUGAGUUCUGUUGUUUUUAUUUUGGCCCCCCACCCCGUUAAAGUUGCCCGUCCUUGGUAUCGACUGACAGGAGACUGCUAGAACGUACUGACAGGAGACUGUGCUAGAACGUACUGACAGGAGACUGUGCUAGAACGUACUGACAGGAGAUUGUGCUAGAACGUACUGACAGGAGACUGUGCUAGAACGUACUGACAGGAGACUGUGCUAGAACGUACUGACAGGAGACUGUGCUAGAACGUACUGACAGGAGAUUGUGCUAGAACGUACUGACAGGAGACUGUGCUAGAACGUACUGACAGGAGACUGUGCUAGAACGUACUGACAGGAGACUGUGCUAGAACGUACUGACAGGAGAUUGUGCUAGAACGUACUGUAGCUGUGCCAUAGUCUAAUAGUGGCAAACCACGUCUGCUCAUGUCAUGCUGUUUGACAUCCACACACACACUUAGUCACUUUUUUAUUAUUUUUUUUAAGCACUUUACAUUUGUCAAUCCUUUACUUGAUUUAGUCUUUAUGCAGUAUGUCACGAACCUGAAACAGGAUGCUUAUAAUAAGUUGUGUUCGCCACUGAUUUCAGAACGUGACGGACACAUUUAACAGGGAGUUGUUCCGUAUGCUAGUUUGGAACAUUGCAGAAAACUUCUCUUGGGUUUUAAUCAGUCACGUCCCUGUCAGUCUCUGGUCUGGAUGGCCAUUUUGAUCCAAUGACAACAGCACUUUGCCGUGAUCAUGUGACUUCACAGGGAUGCUGGCACUUACUGUACAAACAGACGUAAACACACACUUCCAUGAAAGUGGAUCUCACAGGAUCCAUAUUCACCAUGUCUUUCUCUUACCUUUUCUCGCUCUCCUUCACCUUUUUAUCUCCAUCCCUCAAAUACCCCCCCCCCUGACCCUCCCACCUAUGGGGCAUGGUGUAUGUGAACAGAGUGAUACGAGAGGGUGGCGUUAUAGAACUGGUACAGGAAGUUGAGGUCAAGUCAUAGAGGGAUUUAAAGGAAGAUGGGUGGAAGUGAGGAUCUGAGAGUUACUGAAUAAGAACUGUGGGGUUUACAGAAUGUUCAAAGGAGAGUUCUAGAAUGGUGGAGGUUGUCUGGGGGUAAACAUACUAUACACUACAGUAUUCCAUACAGACUAUAGUACAGUACAGGUGUAGUACACUACAGUAUUCCAUACAGACUAUAGUACAGAACAGUACAGGUGUAGUACACUACAGUAUUCCAUACAGACUAUAGUACAGAACAGUACAGGUGUAGUACACUACAGUAUUCCAUACAGACUAUAGUACAGAACAGUACAGGUGUAGUACACUACAGUAUGCCAUACAGACUAUAGUACAGAACAGUACAGGUGUAGUACACUACAGUAUGCCAUACAGACUAUAGUACAGAACAGUACAGGUGUAGUACACUACAGUAUGCCAUACAGACUAUAGUACAGAACAGUACAGGUGUAGUACACUACAGUAUGCCAUACAGACUAUAGUACAGAACAGUACAGGUGUAGUACACUACAGUAUGCCAUACAGACUAUAGUACAGAACAGUACAGGUGUAGUACACUACAGUAUGCCAUACAGACUAUAGUACAGAACAGUACAGGUGUAGUACACUACAGUAUGCCAUACAGACUAUAGUACAGAACAGUACAGGUGUAGUACACUACAGUAUGCCAUACAGACUUUAGUACAGAACAGUACAGGUGUAGUACACUACAGUAUGCCAUACAGACUUUAGUACAGAACAGUACAGGUGUAGUACACUACAGUAUGCCAUACAGACUAUAGUACAGAACAGUACAGGUGUUGGUUUAUGACUGCUGAAUGUCCUUUUGGGUGGGUGGUGAUGCUGCUGUUGCUCCUGCACCGCCCCCUGUCGUUACCCCCCGACCCCCUCCUCAAAUAGACAGACAGACCCCUCUCAUAUAAGGUGGGGGGGAGGUGUGGUAAAAGAAUAUAUAUAUAAAUAGUUGAUUUAACAGCAAUUUCAUGUGGGAUGUAUAGGAAAUAAUGUGUUAAUAUUGUACAUUUUUAGAAUUGAAAAACAAAUUGACAUUUAAAAACAAAUCCAAGUUGAGACCAAUUAACUGCUUGUAUUGUGAUGACACACAUCUCUGUGAUAACUGACAUGGUCUUUACCAAUGCUUUGAAACAAGGAAAUGAAUGAAAAAACAUGAUCAACAACACCUUGUACAUACACACACACACACACACACCGUGUGGUCCUGCAGUAGUGUUAUUAGAUUCCGUUGGGGUUCUAUUGAGUUCCGUUGGAUCCCAUUAAAUUCUGUUGGUUUCUAUUGUCUCUACUUGUUCAGACUCGCUGCCGACCUGUGAACUAUUCUCCAUCUUCUCUUGACCACUCAUUCUUUCUGCAAAGAACCUUCAGGUCUCUCCCCAAACUGAGGGGGAUGUGCUGUACUCCUCUUCCUUUUAAUGGUUUUAAUUUCUCUUAUCGAGAGAAAUGGUUGGUUUUUAUCUACAUCGAUUGAUGUAAUUCAGUUGGUCAGAUUAUGAUGACGUCUAGAUUAUACUCUGAAUGGUCAGAUUAAAAUAAGAGAUCCACUCUGGUUCAUCCUUGGAGAGACGGGAUCUCUACGGUCUGAUCAGUAGAGUUACUGGAACCGUUCCCACGCCAUGCGAUCUGUAUUAAACUGGACAGGUUGAGCAAAAAAAGAUGAAUGUCUUACAUAGAAAGAAUAUAUACAAUUAUAGAAAAAGUGAUUUUAAAAAUGUUUAAAAGAAAUUGAGAAAGAAUGUUUUAGGAGACAAAUGUAAUAUUUAGUUUGUAAUGACUUAUUUUGUUUGGCAGAGGGCUACUGAACAAAGAUUCCACUGUAAUAAAGUUCUUUUAGUUC